AUGGCUGCCAUUCUGAGGCUAAAUUACACCUCAGUGUCUGAAUUCAUCCUCAUCGGCUUCUCCGCCUUCCCCCACCUUCAGCUGAUGUUCUUCCUGCUCUUCCUGCUGAUGUACCUGUUCACGCUGCUGGGGAACCUGCUCAUCAUGGCCACCGUCUGGAGGGACCGCAGCCUCCACACCCCGAUGUACCUCUUCCUGUGUGCCCUCUCCAUCUCUGAGGUCCUCUACACCUUCGCCAUCAUCCCGCGCAUGCUGGCCGACCUGCUCUCCACAGACCGCUCCAUCUCCUUCAUGGCCUGUGCCAGCCAGAUGUUCUUCUCCUUCACGCCCGGCUUCACCCACUCCUUCCUGCUCACCGUCAUGGGCUACGACCGCUACGUGGCCAUCUGCCACCCCCUGCGCUACAACGUGCUCAUGAGCCCCCGAGGCUGCGCCCGUCUGGUGGCCUGGUCCUGGGCUGGUGGCUUAGUUGUUGGGCUAGUGGUGACAUCUUCCAUUUUCCAACUCACUUUUUGUGGGUCUAAUGAGAUUCACUAUUUUGGCUGCCAUGUGCCACCUCUUCUGAAGUUGGCCUGUGGGAACGUCUCCACUGUGGCCAAGGGCGUGGGCCUGGUGUGUAUCACCGCCCUGCUGGGUUGUGGUGUCCUCAUCCUCCUGUCUUACGCCUUCAUCGUGGCCACCAUCUUGAGGAUCCCUUCAGCCGAGGGCCGGCACAAAGCCUUCUCCACGUGCGCGUCUCACCUCACCGUGGUGGUCGUGCACUACGGCUUUGCCUCUGUCAUCUACCUCAAGCCCAAGGGGCCCCAGUCUCUGGAAGGAGACACGCUGAUGGGCAUCACCUACACGGUCCUCACUCCCUUCCUGAGCCCCAUCAUCUUCAGCCUCAGGAACAAGGAGCUGAAGAUCGCCAUGAAGAAGGCCUUCCUCAGCAAUCUCUACCCCUCCAGCAUCUGA